AUGGCAUCCUCAAGCUUCACCUUCGUCGACCCGGACCCAACCCACAUAUCCUGCCUCGGCGGCCGAACAGUACUCACAUGCAAAGGCUGCGCAGGAAAUGCCCCAAGAGGCUCAAUCUGCACAACUUGCAAAGGCCACGGCUUCACCAUCUACCCCUGUGGACGGUGCCACCCCGCCGCAGCCGCAGACGCAGCCGCAGUCAGAGCAAGUGCCGCAGCCGCAGCUACAGCGGCGCGCAGCUCCGCAACGCCCUCCACCUCAUCUACUUCUGCAGAUCCAAACGCUGCAGGGGGGAGUGCGAGGUUAGGGGAUAGCUGUGGAAGAAUUGAUACUGAUUAUAAUAAUAAGACGCGGAAUCCCUGA